AUGACUGAUAUAGAAGAAAUCAGAAGAGGGGUAUCCGAAUUGACGGUACUUUCAUUUAGAAAAGUCGACGAUGUGAAGCGACUGGCGAAUCAUUUCCGUAACGUCAUCCAUGAUCCUAAGACGCAGGAAAAUAAAAUUAUCUUGCGUUAUCUGAAAAAUCUCGAUGACACUCACAGAAAGAUAUACUUAACAUCUCGUGAAGGCGUUGAAGUUGAGUAUAUCUUCACUACGGAGAAGAAGAGCAGUCUACAGCGGCAGAGAUUCAACAGCUUACCGGUCAGCGAAGUUCCUGAAUUAUUGAAAGCUGAAUUAAGCGUUGAAAAUGCCAGGCCAGUCCAUAUUUGUGCUGACUGUAACAUUGAAAUUGAAGUUAAUGAUGAAGAACCAUUAAUGGAGUCGCUCCAACGCCACUUUAACUUGGAAGUACAUCAGCCUAAACUCAAAAGAGAGAGUAUUGAUGUCGCUGAGCCAGUAAUCCUACCAAAUAUGUCUAGGCGAUUGUCUGCUCUUGAGUGCGGAGAAACCCCAACGCAUAACAUCGAAAGUUUAAUGAAACUAGUUAAACCUACUGAAAGGUUGGAUAAAAUGUUCUCAGGAAAGCUUGAAGCGUCCUUGGUCAGACUUCUUCCUGACAAUUCUGAAGCUAGUAUUGAUGCUGCUGUGAAAUUUUACCAAGGUGUCUAUGACAAGUUGUGUCAGGAGAUAAAUAUGACUGACUUCUCCGGACAGACUAGUUCCGUUGCGCCUAUAAUUAUGAGUAUCAAGGAUAAUGUUAACCAAAACUUCGCGUCCGAUGCGAAUAAAUCGUUUGAAAACGAUGACACCGAAGUGCCUGAAAAAACAUUUAAGAACCUUACUAAGAAGUACCGUUACUACGGGCCUAUAGAGAAUCUUAUAGUGAAAUUGCUUGACAAUCACAAAUUACUUACUUUAGUUGACGACCGUACAGGGAAACUUGCAUUUUUUUGUAUGGCUUGCGAGUAUUAUACCUUAAGGUUUAGGUAUGACAGUGUUUUAAAUCAUAUAUUUAGCGACACCCAUAUUCACAACUUGACAUGCAUUCUACAAGGUGACAAACACAUACCGUUUUGUGUGCAAGAACCAACCGUUGAAAAUAUGAAGGAGAUAAAUAGAAAAUUCUUGAAUGAACAUAGCGUACACCAAGAUAGAAAUGGAUUCUAUUGCGGCCUUUGCAAGACUUCAAUUGAUUCUAAUGAAGUUGUUUUACACAUUUUAGAUGAGAAUCAUCUUGGGAGACUUUCUGAUAAAAUAUACAGGAGGAAAAUCAAUUCUGAGGCAGGGCAGGAUGAGUGGGGUCCAAAAAGUCUUGAUUGGGCAAAAUUCCUUGCCAGUGUUGGCAAACCAUUACAUAAUCGAGACCAUGUGGUUAUAGAAAACUUUAUCAAGCCAUCGGGAAAGGUCUCCAACUACUGUUCAUGUUGUGAAAUGGUACUUAAAGGUCCUCGGCAGGUGCUGUUUAAUCAUAUACGACAAAAGAAACAUUUGAGAAAUGCAGCACCCCACAAACUAGCUAUGCUUUACAAAAAUCACUGCAGGCCUGCAGAAUACUAUGCAAGUUUUGGAAAUUUCUUUGUCUGCACCAUUUGUCCUGUCUAUGUUGCUUUACCAUCAUUCUCGGCCAUCGUUGAACACUUUGAUAGCUCUAUGCAUAUUGAGACAAUUUCGAAGCUCAUUCGCUCUGCUUUAUACCCAGAGGAAGACUUAAAACUUCUGGAAGCCAACGAGAUACACAACAACAAGUGUGCAAUCUGUGAUCAAUCAUUCCCUGAUACAUCUGAUGCUGUGAAACAUAUACUAUCUGACAUAAAUCACCAAACAGCCAUUGCCGAGAACAGAGCCAAAUCAAACAAAGGUGAUAUAAUUAGUGUUUACAUGAAUGGUAACUACAUAUUGCAUACCGAAGGAACCCAGUUUGUCUGCACUGUUUGUGGAAGUAAUUCAAAUUCUAUCCGUUCACUACUUAACCAUCUGGUGUACGCUGAGCACUUCAAGCAGAAAUUAAAUUCGGAAAAUGUGUUUAGAUUUUAUUUGGAAUUAAAGCAUAAUAUCAAUAUGUUGUCCCGUAAUAAAUAUGUGUAUAACGUGUUUGGAAUCUUAAAAUGUGGUGUCUGUGCUAGUGAUAUUGAUGAAGGAGAGAAUGCUAAGCGUCAUGUGGCCUCUCCACGGCACAAGGAGAAUAUGGGGGCCAGCUAUGUUAGUUUGGAAACGUCUGCUAUUGAAUGA